AGUUCUGUUUUUUUUAUCAAUGCGCACGUGUGACUGUGUUUACAUUUUCCAUCGCUUGCAAAACACGUUGUUUUCCUGCAGUUUUCCUGUGAAAAUAAAUUAAUAAUUCAUUCUAAAUUGGAAGGAAAAUGGAAGUUGAUGUGAUUAAGUGGAAGAAUUCACUGAAGGAAGUGAGGAAAAUUUCUGAAUCUCCAGAUGAAUUGAUUGAAAAGCUUUUGAGGUUAUCGGAUUGGAAUGAGGAGGUAAUCAUGAAAGUAAUUAGACAUCUCGCUGAGAAAAUCAUCCAUCCGGACUAUACGGAAUGCAUUGGAAGGGAAUUCCGGGAAGUUUUGCCUCUGAUUGUCUCGGAAGCCUUUCAGGAGUCACAUGGGGGGCAAAAGCUCACCCAGGUGGAAUGUGAGGCGCUUCACAGGGCCAAAUGUGUCGCCUUGUCAAAAUUAGUGGCCUACAGUAGAGCAAUUUUGAGGUUUUCCUUUAAAUUCUUCGAGGAAAAUCCUUCCCCAUUUGAUGCAAUUUCCGAGGAGAGGCCACAGAAGAAGCGUCGAGGUGGCAUUCAACCCAUUUCCACCGUGGAAAUCUCUAAAUGCUGCCUGAGAUUCCUCAGAGCUGAUCGAGAAUUCUUCCGGAAUGCCUGGAAAUGGUCAAAAUUCCUCCAGGAAUAUUUCAACAAAGGCUGUGACGUUCAAAAGAUGACUUGUAAUGAAAUUUUGGGGAUACUCACGAAUAUGAUUAGCCGGGAAGUUGAUUCCCUCGAUGCUGCCAUUGCUGAGGAUGUAAAGUUGUCCCGGAAGAUGACUGAGGGAGACUUGCAAACAUCUUCACAGCCAGUGGAGGAGAAUCCAACACGUGGUCAGAAGAUUUCGUGGGAAUUUAGUUCAGAGAAUGUUGUGAAUGUUGAAGGAGUUUUCCUGGCUGUAUUUGAUGCGGAAAAUCGAAGGCUCUGCCAUGAGAUGGCGAAGGAAUCAGACAGACUGAUACUCGUUGAAUCAACGAGGAGCAAUAUCCGGAAUAUUUGCCUUGGAAUUGGUUCCGGAAAGGCAAUUUGUCUCCAUGGACCAGUUGGGGCGGGAAAGACGACCCUUGUGGAUGAGCUGGCGAGGAAAACUGGACACAUUUCCCCCCAAAAUGGUGGUUCAGACGCCAAAAGUGGCUUCCUGCGUAUCCAGCUGGGCCAUCAGACUGACAGUAAGGCCCUCCUAGGGCAGCAUCGAUGCACAGAUAUUCCGGGAGAGUUUAUCUGGCAACCAGGUGUCCUCACGCAGGCAAUUCUCAGUGGCUACUGGCUUCUCCUUGAAGAUCUCGAUCUUGCCACACCAGAUGUGUGCACUGUCCUCACAAAUCUCCUUGAAAAUGGCUUCCUCAGCGUUCCUGGCUUCCGGGAGAACAUUCGCAUUGCUCCGGGCUUUCAACUCUUCAUCACACUGAGAUCUCAACGAGGUGGGGCAUCUUCUGUAUUCUCUCUGCUGGAAAAGCACCUCUUCACCGUGAACAUCCUCUCGCUGUCCAGAGAGGAACUCUGUGAGAUCAUUCGGCAGAAAUUCCCGAAACUAACAACAAUUGCCGGGAGGAUUGUGGAUGUUUUCUUGACAUUCUCAAAGGGGCGCCACGAAGAGGAUGAUCAGGAGGUGGGAACAUUAACUAGUGGCGCCAAUUCCGGACGUCAAGUCUCCACGCGAGAUCUCCUGAAGCUCUGCAAGCGUUCUCAUCCCAAUUUCAACGUCACCAGCACUGAAUGUGCCUAUUUAGUCUUUCAAAAUUCCGUCGAUCUCCUCUGCUCGCAUCUUCCGGAUGGCACUGAGAAGACGCAGCUGAUCAAGAAGAUUGGAGGAAAGCUGGGAAUCAUUGAAUCCCGCUGCCAGGCUCUCGCUGAAGAUUUUAAGCCAGAAAUUGAGAUAGAUUCCACCGUGAUUCGCGUUGGAAGAGCUGCAAUGGGACGCUGGAGGAAUGAGGAGGAGUCCCAAGGGGGGAAAAGGAAGCAAAGUCCGUUGGAAUGCGAGAGUAGCAAGAAACAGAAGACUGACGCCAAUCGCGUAAAGUCAAUCAGCAAGAUUCUCGAGAGUAGCGUCCCAACUUUCUCCUUCACGCGACUUGCUUCGUGUUUACUGGAGAGAAUUGCAGUUUCCGUGCAACAGAAUGAGCCCAUCCUCCUUGUGGGAGAGACUGGUGUGGGAAAGACAAGCGCUGUGCAAUACCUGGCCCAUCAAACUGCUCAUAAGCUUGUCGUUGUGAAUAUGAACAAUCAAUCGGACAUUUCUGACCUUGUGGGUGGAUUUAAGCCUGUUGAUCUCCACUAUGUGGUCACACCGCUCUUCCAGGACUUCCAGUACCUCAUCCGGACAACAUUUGACGCGGGGAAGAAUGAGAAAUUCCUCACGAGUAUGACGGAGGCGUAUUCCGGGAAGCAGUACAGGAAACUUGUAAAGGCCAUGCUGAAGGUUGUUGAGCACACACUGGCCACGUACGAGGUGAAGGCUGGCACGCAAAUGGGGAAGAAGCUUCGGGAGAAUUGGGAAAUCCUCGUUGGGAAGCUCCGGAAGCUCUCUGGGCAGCUUCGGAAUUCCAUAAAUAUGUCAUUUGCAUUCAUUUCGGGUGCUCUGGUUAAUUGCCUGAAGAAUGGCGAGUGGAUCCUCUUGGAUGAGAUCAAUCUAGCCUCAACGGAAACCCUGGAAUGCUUGGCCACAAUCCUCGAACCCGAUGGAUCGAUUGUGUUGCUCGAGAAGGGGGAUUAUGUGCCCGUGGAGCGACAUCCCGCCUUCCGGCUAUUUGCCUGCAUGAAUCCAAGCACGGAUAUUGGAAAGAAAGACCUCCCUGUGGGCAUCCGGAAUCGUUUCACGGAAUUCUUUGUGGAUGAACUGAAGGAUGUGAGUGAUUUGCGUUGCCUCGUGGGGGAUUACCUGAAGAAUACGGGCAUCCAGACGGGGAAGGUGAUGAAUGUUGUGGAGCUGUACCGGAAGCUGCGGAAAAUGGCACGACUGGAGCUCAAUGAUGGUCUUGGGAAUAGGCCAGUCUACUCCCUACGCACGCUCUGUCGUGCUCUCACCAUCUGCGCCAGGAAUCUCUGUGGAUCCGUUGAGAGGAAUCUCUUUGAGAGCUUCUGCAUGAGCUUCCUUACCCAAUUGGACGGCACAUCCCAUCGCACUGUGCUCCAGCUCAUCCAGAAAACCCUUCUGGGAUCACCAGAACGUCUCAAGGCUGUUCUAGGCUACCAGAUUCCCAAACCUCCUGGUCAGGAAUGUGAAUUCUUCGAAGGAUACUGGAUUGAGUGUGGGGCAAAGGAGCCCCAGGGGUGGGAGACGUACAUCCUGACUGAGAGUGUGAGACAAAAUCUCAAAGAUCUCUCGAGAAUUAUCUCCUUGGGGAGGCUUCCGGUUCUUCUGCAGGGACCAACGAGUGCAGGGAAAACCAGCUUGAUUGAGUACGUGGCCAGAAGGAGUGGGAAUCACUGCCUCCGGAUAAAUAAUCACGAGCACACAGACCUUCAGGAGUACAUUGGAACGUACACAGCGGAUGUUACGGGGAGAUUAACCUUCCAGGAGGGUGUCCUUGUCCAGGCAAUGCGUCAUGGUUACUGGAUAAUCCUCGAUGAGCUCAAUCUCGCCUCCAGCGACAUUCUGGAAGCUCUCAAUCGUGUACUGGAUGACAACAGGGAGCUCUUCAUCCCCGAGACUCAAACCCUCAUCAAGGCUCAUCCCAAUUUUAUGCUCUUUGCCACGCAGAAUCCACCAGGACUCUACGGGGGCAGGAAAACCCUGUCCAGGGCAUUCAAAAAUCGCUUCAUUGAGUUGCAUUUUGGGGAGAUUCCGCGUGAUGAGCUGGCUGAGAUUCUCGAGAAACGCUGCCUGAUCCCGAAAUCUCAUGCUGAGAAGAUGGUCAGGACAAUGGCGGAACUCCAUACGAAUCGUCGGAAUGUGACAAGGAGCAAUUUCACACUGAGAGAUCUCUUCCGGUGGGGCAAUCGCUACACGCUGGCGGACAAGAAAUUGCUGGAUGAUGCAAAGUACGAUUGGAAUCAGCAUUUAGUGGAUGAGGGGUACCUCGUGUUGUCGGCAAAGGUACGGAAUGAGAGUGAUUUGGAAGCAAUUCAAGCUGCCCUCAUGACAAACUUCCGGAAAGUGGCGGAUUUGGAGAAUCUUUUCAACUAUCACGGAGCAACAUCUCCCGUUACGAAGGAUGUUUUGGGGGCUCUGAUGAGGUGUCCAGGAUCACGGAGAAUCCAUUGGUCGAGUGAUAUUCUCAAGAUGUACGUCCAGGUGGCAAAAGCACUCACCUUUAAGGAGCCUGUUCUGCUUGUUGGGCCAACAGGAUGUGGGAAGACGACUGUUUGUCAGCUUGUGGCUGAAACUCUGGGGAAACCCGUGAGGAUUCUCAAUUGCCAUAUGCACACGGAAGCUGCAGACUUCCUGGGUGGUUUACGACCCUUCCGUGGGGAGAAGGAAGCCACGAAGAAGCAGCUCUUUGAAUGGGCAGAUGGUCCCCUUGUGCUGGCCAUGCAGGAAGGAACACAUUUCUUAGCGGAUGAAAUUUCCCUUGCGGAUGAUUCCAUCCUGGAGAGGCUAAAUUCAAUCCUCGAACCCGAGCGAACGGUUCUCCUUGCGGAGAAGGGUGGCAUUGAUCAGGGACUCAUUGUUUCCGGUGCAAAUGACGAUUUCAUCAUCCAAGCUCACGCAGAUUUUCAAUUCUUGGCCACAAUGAAUCCCGGUGGGGAUUUCGGGAAGAAGGAACUCUCACCGGCACUCAGGAAUCGCUUUACGGAGAUCUGGUGCACAAACCCCACAGCCCCAGAGCACCUCGAGAAGAUUGCUCUGCACCAUUUAACGCACGCCCUUCCGGAAGCUCCUGCCCUGGCCAAGUGUAUUGUGGAUGUUCUCUCCUACAUGAAGGCCACAGUGGACAAGAUGAAUUUCUCCGUGCGUGACAUUGUUUCCUGGACACAGUACAUCCUGGCGAAUAGCAAGAAACACCUUAGCCUGCCGGAAAUUCUCUUCUUUGGCCUUGAAACACUCUUCCUGGACUUCCUGGAGAUGCUUCCGCAUCGUGAAGGUGAAACAGAGAAGAUUCGAGAGAGAAUUGCCAACUUCCUCCUCCGGAAACUUCGUGAAUUAUUCAACAGCAAACUAACAACGAAGGAUUUGCUAAGGAAUCGUGGAGAUUGUGUCCAGAAACUUGAGAAUCAAUUCGGAAUUCAUCCAUUCUACAUUCCCUUCGCAGCGAACUGUGACAGCCACUCAACAGAUUUCAGCUUCACAGCUCCGACAACAAAGAGAAAUCUCUUCCAAUUGCUGUCCGGCUUGACGCUAAAUAAGGCAAUCCUGCUGGAAGGAGCUCCAGGAGUGGGAAAAACAUCCCUUGUGGUGAAUUUAGCCGCAGCUACGGGGCACAAGAUUGUGAGGAUAAAUCUGUGUGAGCACACAGAUCUGGCGGAUCUUUUUGGGACGGAUUUACCAGCAGAUGAUCAUUCGUUGGAAUUGUUUUCCGAAGGAGGCACAAAGGGUGAUGCGUCAGCUCCUCGGGGGGCUUUUGUGUGGCGCGAUGGACCACUGCUAGCAGCCCUGAAGGCUGAAGACACAUGGAUACUGCUGGAUGAGCUAAAUUUGGCCCCACAGAGUGUUCUUGAGGGUCUCAAUGCCAUUCUCGAUCAUCGCGGGGAAGUCUUCAUCCCAGAACUCAAUAAAACCUUCAAACUUGCCACACAGACGCGAAUCUUUGCAUCGCAGAAUCCCCUAAAACAGGGUGGAGGACGCAAGGGGUUGCCACAGAGCUUCCUCAAUAGAUUCACAAAGGUCUACCUCCGGAAAUUGCAUCAAGAUGACCUUCUACACGUCAUUGAAGCCCAAUACAGGAGUUUCUUUGAGAAAUUCAACGCGGAAUUUGCAGAUUUGCCCCGGAAAAUGGUUGAAUUUUCCCAAAUCCUCGACAGAGGUAUUGAAAGUUUGGAAUUUGGCCUUCGUGGUGGUCCGUUUGAGAUUAAUUUGAGAGAUAUCCUAAGAUGGUGUGACUUUGUGAGCAAUCCCAAGACGGGAUAUCAUCCGGGAACGUCAAAUUUGAUCCAAGUGAUCUAUGAGAAGAUGAAAAUUGUCUACUUUGAGAGGAUGAGGAGUGAACACGAUAGGAAUUUCAUCAAGAAAACCUUCACGGAAGUCUUCAACGUGGAUACUGAUGCAUUGGAUGAGAUUUCCCGGAAUGUCAGCUUCUACUGGACCGACACGCACCUGUACAUUAAUGAAAUGAAGCUGGAGAGGAAGCCAUCAAGGGGGAAUGUGGAGAAAUGUCCGUUGAUCAUUGAAUCUCAAUUGGAGACAAUGCGAACAAUGCUGGAAUGCACAGAAAUUGCCCGGCCGAUCCUCUUGUGUGGCCCUGCGGAUUGCGGGAAGACAAAAUCAAUUGACUUGGUGUGCUCGCUGCUCAAUCAACCGCUAGAUGUUGAUACAAUUGAUGAUUCCGUCACAGGAAGCUUCCAGCAAAUUGAUCUCAAUCGACAUCUCGAGGAAGUUGCAAAGAUUAUUGAGCUGCACGUGUUUGACUUUGCAAAAUCUUCCGUCCUCGUUCAGGAUCCGGAAGUUUCAUAUGAGGAUGCUUUUGGGCUCAUUGAUCAAUGGGAGAAGUACAAUAUGCUCCUGAAGAACGUACGAGGAGCUUCAAUGAAGAUGAGUGUCUCGGAUGAAGUUCAACUCUUCCGUAAUCGAAUAAAUCAGCUAAAGAAAGUUUUCAAGGGCUUAAGAAGCAUUAAAGGAUCCCUUCCUAAUGCCCCAAAUUACGAUCUUGUUGAGAAGAUCAUUGAGAAUUUGAAGAAAAUCGCUGAUUCUUCCAGUAGUCUCAACACUGGCGGGCAUUUUGAGUGGGUAGACUCGAAGAUUGUAAAAUGCCUCAAAAGUGGACACUUUGUGUGCCUUGAGCACGUCAAUAUGUGCUCAUCAGCCAUCCUGGAUCGUCUCAAUUCGGUAUUUGAAUCCAAUGGAACCCUCCUGCUGUCUGAGAAGGGAAUAACAAGUGAGGGGCGUAUUGAGGAGAUUGCGAAGCAUCCCGAAUUCCGGGCUUUCCUCACACUUGAUCCGAAAAAUGGAGAAAUCUCCCGCGCCAUGAGGAAUCGUUGCCUGGAGAUUUUCCUGGAGCGCGAUCGCUACACAAAGGAUGAUCUCAGGCACAUUAUCUACGAUGCAGGUGUACGGAAUUUAUCCACAAUUGACGCCAUGAUUCGUAUUCAUGAGCGACUGAAGGGGGUUUCGGAAUUCAGUCAAUUUGGCGUUAAUCAUCUUUUCAAAUUUGCCCUGCUGGUUGUUGAGAAUCAAACACUGAGGCCUCCUUGCAGGGGAAUGCUGCGAUCGUGUGCUGUUGAAGUCUACGUGAGAUCAACAAAUGUUGAUAUUUUGGGCUUUGGACUGAAGUUCUAUCGGAAUCGUCUUGAAGAGGAGAUUGACAGUGAGCUGAAAGUGACGUGUUUGGAAGGGAAUCAAGUUGGGUUGGAGAAUGUGAUCAUUCGGAGUGAUAAAUUGACCCAAAUGGCGCGGAUUAAGCUCAACUGUGAACCACUGCUGUGCCUCCUGAAGAAUCCACAACAACCAGGAAUCCUCCAUCAAUUGUCUGAAGAAUUUAAAUUGAUAAACUUUGGGAAUGAGGAGCAAUUCUGGAGGUAUCUGCUGUUCUGCGUCUACAGCAUGAGUGCGCGUGAUGAUGUGAAGACAAUGAGAAUCUACAUUGAUCGUGAGAUGAAGAAAAUUGAAGAUUCUUCGGGAAUUUUGAAGAUCAACGAGAAAAUUGCUGAGAAAAUCAAUGAAUUCUUAAAUUCUUCAAUAAAUCCAGCUCUUCCGUGGAACAGUCGUAUCUUCCCGAGGAUUCGUGCAGAAGAAAAGCUGGAUGUGGUGCAUCAGAUGCGUCUGCUUCUCCUAACAAUGUGGCAUGCCUUUGUCAAUGAAAUCCAUGUGAUGGCUUCACUCAAAAUCACCAAUAUCGACGCAAUAACCUACUCCAAGGCUGUCUGUACGAAUAUUCUCGUUGAUUCCUUUGAUAAAAAUCUCCUCCGCAAUCUCUAUCCCUUCCUGCGGACUCUGGAGGAUUUCUUCGAAGUCACAAUUCUCAGAUCCGUGAAAAUUUCUUCCCCGGGCUUCUUCGAAAUGGCCCUCCUGGCAAUGCUGUGGCGAAAUAGACUCCUGGCAGCGUGCAGCGAGAGGAUCUGCAUCAAUAAGCGUCUCGAUGAUGUUGCAAUGAACAAGAUUAUCCUGCACAUUAAGUGGUUGAUUAAGAACCUUGUAAAUCCGCUGAAGGAAGGAGAAAAUAUUGAAGAGAAUUUGAAAGAUUUCGCAAGGAGUCUCCGGAAAAUCUCCACGUGUAUCCUUGCGGAGAAGCAUCCUCUUAAUGGAAUCCGGAAGUUAUUCACGAAGAAGAUCACACAGUUUCUACCAUUGUACGAAGAAAGGGAUGUGCAUAAGGCGGAAUUGAAUAAAUUCCUCGAAGAUCAUCUUUCAAUGGCACAGAAUUUGCGGAAAAUCUCUCACGAAGAAGCCACGAAACGUUUAAAAAUCAUCACAAGUCGGGAAUUUUUGAAUCUUCAAGAGGAUUUUAUGAAAAUUCACCGAAAAGAUUACGCUGAAGAUGACGAAGAAAGUUCUCAAAUUGAAAAAUUAAAAGAGAAAUUGGAGGAAAUGAUCAGUCGUGAUCGUGAAAAUGAACCACUGAAGAUGGACGUUGUGGAAUUAAUCCCAAUUCUUGAGUAUUUUGCCAUGAAGGCCGUUCUUCCGGAUGGGCUGAAGGGGCAAAUUAACAGAGAAUUCUUCCUGCAGACGAAAUACUCAUCUCCGAGUGAAAUUAAUCUCGUUGCAAUGAAGACAGAUCAAGACUUUGCAGGGGAUUUGGCAAGAUUCAUUGAGAUGAGAGAGGAAAAUGAUUUGUCAGAGAUCCUGAAGGAUCAUCCGGAUUUUUAUCCAAUCAUCAGUACAAACUUGAAAGUUUUGGACAAAGCGAGGAAGCAAAAAGUUAUGAAUGUGAUCAGUGCAAAGUAUAGAAAUAUUGGAAAUACCGAUCGUUACAGCGAAGAUGAAGAUUACCAACGAAAUGGGCCGCUUCUGACGCAAGGAAUCUUUGGGGUUCUCCUCAAUCCCAGUGGGGAUCUGAGAGAAGCCGGGUUUGACAUUUUGGAAGCCUUCAAGGGGAAUUUGAAGACGAUUCAGCAGAUUCUCUGGAGUAACAUGGAGUGCAUGUCUUGGAAUCUCUUCAAUCUUGAAUUAAUUGACUACCAAUCAGCGAUGACGAAGAGCAGGAAUCUCCUUGAGGAAGUCAAGUACACAAGAGAUCAAUGCCUGAAUGUUGAGAAUGAAAAUUUUGCUGAAUUCAAUACAUAUUUCUUUGCUCUUGUGGAUCUCCUGGAGCAACAACUAACAUCCCCACAAAACCAUCAAGUUGUCGAUGAUCUUCCAACAGCAACAGAUCGCAGGCAAAUGAAUCUCACAGCUAGCAUUCUCUAUUCCCUCAUUGGGGCGAUUGAGUUGAAUUUACUCUGCCACUUGCCACUCCUUGAUCCCGUUGAGAAGCAUCGUCUCAAGAGGAACUAUCUCGAAGAGGACAUGAAGCAUCUGCAGGGUUUAUCAGCAGCUUACCAAUCAAUGGGAAUUGUGUGCAAAUAUGCCCUUCUCGGUCAUGAAUUGGUGGAGAUUUUUCAGAAGAAACUCGCUUCGCUGGAAGAUUUUCAGAAGAAAUUGGCAAAGCGACUUGCUCUUCGUCCAGAAGUUUGCGUCUACAGCGAAUUGAGUCGGAAUAUUAAGCACUUCCUCCACUCUUGUUGCCACCCGAAAGAUCUGCACAGCCUCCUGACACAAGCUGUAGCGGUUGAUGCAAGGAAGGAUGCAAAACUUUGCAAUGAGAUUGCGAAGAAAUUCGAAUCGUGGAUGAAGAAUUCGGAGAAUUUUCAAUUUCACAUCCUACCGCAGUAUUCAACGCACUACAGGGAUUUUGUGGAGCCAAUUGACUACGCUGUGACACUCCUGAAAUACGGCAUGUCUGGGAUUGUUGAUCACUUGAAGGAAGCCUCGAAUUUGGCUGCAAAACUUCCAGAAAAAAUUGCAACAGAUCAAUUUUCUCAAGUCCUGGAAAGUCUCAUUGAGUUCCCGGAUGUAAGAGUACCUUCGGAGAUUCAGAACAUUCAAACAAUUGUCCUGAAGAUACUCCUGGGUGAUCUUCCAAAUGGCCAAGAACUAUUCCUGCAGCUGAUGAAGGUGAAGAUCAAUGAAACAACAAAUGACGUCUUGAUCCGGAAGGAAGUUUCUGAGAAUCUCAUGAUGAAAUACAAUAAGAUCCUCAAAGUUUUUGCGAGAAUGUGGAAGAAGCAGGAAGAUGAGAAGAAGAAGAGGCAAAUUGAGGAAGAAAGUCUCUACGUGACGAACAGAAAAUGUGAAACGGAAGAUGAAGAUGCCAUAAUGCAGGAAGAGAUUGAGAUGAACUUCCCAACAACAGUGUCGGAAGAUUUUGGAGAUUUGCUCCAGAAUGAUACACUCGAACAGAUCCACAAGAAGAACAAAUCAUCCGCAGCGACGAAGAAAGAUGUCUUCACGGCGGAAGAUGUGAAAAUUGUUGCAGAGAGUUUUGUGAAGAUAAUGGAUCUAACGGAGAGCUUCCGUGGAGAUCUGACGAUUGAUUAUCUGGAGAGUUAUGCGGUGAAGGUGAAAGUCUUCCAGAACCUCCUCAAACACUUUGGCAAUUGCCUCAAUAGUCGUAUUGAUGAUGCCUCCUAUCUGGGAAUGGGAAUCCUGGUGAAUGUUUCACGGAAGAACUACGAUCUGUCUGGAAGUCUGGAGAAGGGGAAAGAAUUUAAUUUCUACAAGGAUGCAAAUGUCGGAGAAAUUCUCCCCUGUUUGGACGUUCUAAAUGCCAUUGAAGUGCGGACAGAGAAUGAGCUGAAGCAAUGGCCUGAUCAUGCAGCUCUUCAGGACAUCAUUACCAUUGUCAAUCGCCUUAAAAGCUUCCCCGUAACGUCCACAAUUGUUCGCUUCAGUACUGGCUUUCAGCUGCUGGGGAAGAGGCUGGAUGAGUGGAAUAGUGUAGCUCACAGGAGCAACAAUAUGUUGGAUCUAAAGGUGCGAACAACGGAAUUCAUUCAGAGGUGGACGAAGCUUGAGCUUCAGUACUGGCGGGAAUGCUUAACGCAUGCAUUUGAGAGGGUAAAGAGUAAUGGCUACAAGUACUGGUUCUUCAUCUUCAACCUCAUUCAUGAGUACAUGCAAAGUGGUAGAAGUUCACAAACUCUUGACACCUUCGAUGGAGCAUCAGAUGGCAUUGAAGUCGUAGACAUCAUGAAGACACUCAAUCAAUUCAUGGAAACAUCCAAUUUUGCAGAAUUUUCACUCCGUUUGGCACUUCUGAAAGCUUUUGAGAAGUUCCUGAUGCAAAUCCCCGGAAACGAUGAGAGGAAGCAAACGUUGAUUGCUGUAAUCUUCAACAUUCACCUGUACUUUAGCCAAUUUCUCCCAGCUAUUGAGGACUACGUCAAGACAAAGCGUCAGCCGAUUGAAAAGGAAUUGAAGGAACGCGUAAAGAUUGCUUCGUAUACCCCAGAUCUUUCCUACAUAAGUAUGAAGAAUAACAUCAAGGAGAUGCACAGAAAGGUUCAGAAGUGUAUGAAGCAGUUUGAAGGAGUUUUACGGGAGAAAAUAACUCCACUCCUGACUGGCGAGGAAGCUAAGACUCCUCCAGUAUUCACGGAAAAGACCACUGAGGGUCAUCUUCGCUACACAAUCGACGUUAACAACUUCCUCGUAGCGGAAAAGCUGAAAGAUCGUUGUGAGGACUCUGUCAAAAUCUUCCUUGUUUCAAGGGAUCUUGUUAAGCAAACUGUUCUUCAUUCCCAAUAUCCUAGCAAUAUUCUCGCACUUGAGCAGCUCACCAAUGACUACGUGGAAGUUAGUGAGAGCUUGAGGAAACUAGAAGUAGAUCGGAGCGUCGAGAGAGCCAAGCAAAAGUCUCAGGCAAAGCAAAUUUUGAAUCAAAAACGCAAAUCCCUUGCAGACUUCUUCAAGACUCUUGCAUCGCUUGGCCUGAGCUACCGCACAGGAUUGAUGGAGUUCUCGUUGAAUCCUGAAGUUGUUGAUUUGAAGAUUCAACCAUUCGUCAUGGAAGACAGGAAGCUGAAAAGGAAAUUCAAUAAGAACCUCAUUUCCUUUGCUGAGAACGUUGAUGGGAGAUUUGCAAAAUGCUGCUAUCGGCUCAAAAGAUUGAUAACAACUCUGCAAGUUCCAAGUUCAGAGCUUGGUUUACAGAAUACAGACAGGAUUAAAGGAUUCUCCGUUGAUCUCUUCCAACUGAUGCAGAAGCAGAGGAGAACUGUUAGCUCUUCUCUGAGAAAUUUGCAGACAAUUCAGAAGAGCGUUGAGAAUUUAGUUCAUCUGAGUACAGCUCUAAGAUCUGUCAGUCCCAAUGAUCUGGAAGCUUCCCUGAACUUCCCAGUUUUGGAUGAUAAAAUUGAGGAAAUUCUCCAGAGUGCCUGUAUGAUCAGGAAUGUUCUGGAGCAGUUCAAACUCCUUCUCAACAGUACUCCUGAAAGUUUCAAUCAAAACCUAAUGGCGCUGAAAGAUCCAGCUGUAGAUUUGACAAGGAAUUCUGACGUUGUAAGAGAUCUUCUUCAGAUGAGCUCUUCUGUCAUUGCAAACACAGAUAAAUUGAUUGAGAAGAUCAAUGCAAAAAAGACCGUUCAGUUCCAUUCGAUUGACUUUAUCCGUUCCUGCAGGGAAGAUCUGUCAGCAAUUGUGAAGAUUAUUGAAAAAAUGAAGAACAACCUUCACUUCGAAGACAGGCAUCUCCUCAUUGAAAAACCUCUUCAGGAUCUUCUCAAUUCACUUGAAAACAUUGCGGGAAAGGCCGAGGAAGCAUCUUCAACAGACACAGAUGAGAAUAUUGUGAAGGAAGUUGAAAAUAUCAUGUUCUCCGUGAGAAUUGCAAUGCAGAAGCUCUUCAAAAGAGCAACAACCUUCCAAAGUUCCUCUAAAGAUCAAGCAAAGGAUACCGAAGAAGAUGAAGAUAGUCCUCUUCUGGAGAAUCACCUAAAAGAAGCAAUUUGCUCAAAACUCGAUGCAGAUCUUGCAGAUUUGAAUCUUCAAACUAUUGCUACAAAACUAGAAAGAAUUAUUCUUGCUGUGAAAUAUUCAACAAGUCCAACGGAAAGGAAGAUGGAAGUGAUGAAGGCGAUGGUGGAGAAAGUUCCGAUUCUUCAGCAGUUUGCCCUCCUUGCGGAAUACUUUGUCACACAGCAAGUUAGCGUACAUCGCGUUUCAAUGAAGAUGCUUUCACUCAUGUUAGGUGUAUUUGUUGAGCUUGUUGCCAAAGGUUUCUGCAUACCGCAGGACUUGAUGCACGACAUUGAGGAGGAGGAGAAACAGAAAGAACAAGGAGGGAAGAAGGGUGAAGGAUUUGGGCUUGAAGAUGGAAGUGAGGAGAAGGAUGUGUCGGAUAAGAUUGAGUCUGAAGAUCAGUUGGAAGAUGCAAAGAAGCCCGGGGAAGAAGAUAAGGCUGGUGAUGAGAAGGAAAAGGGUGAUUGCAAGGAGGAGAAAGGUAUUGAAAUGAGUGAAGAUUUCGAUUCGCAUCUUCAAGAUGUUGAUCAAAACAAUGAAGAUGAUGAAAGUGAAGAUGACGGGGAAGAAGAUGAUGCUGACAAACAGAUGGGAGAAACAGAGGAAGGAGCUGAAAAGCUCGAUGAUCAAAUCUGGGGUGAUGAAGAAGGUGAAGAUGAGAAUGAAGAGGAAAUGAAUGAUGAUAAGGGCAAAGGAUCCGAUGACACGAAAGAAACUCAUGAUGAUCUGGCGGCUGACAAGGAGGAUGGUGCUGAAGGGAAUCAAGAUGGACUCGAUGCUGCCAAUCCGGAGGGAAAGCAGGAGAAGAAACAAAAGCAGAAUGAAAUUGAUUCAAUGCAGGAACCCGAAGUGGAUGAAGAUCAAAUAAAUCCGUACCACAAUGAAUUGGAGGAACCACCCGAAGCUGAUCCAAUGGAUCUCGGUGAUGGCUGCAAUGUGGAUGAUGAUGAUGUGAAUGAAAAUCAAGGAGAUGAAGAGAAUCCUUUUGAUAUUGAUACAAUGAAGGAGCAAGUUGUCAAUGAAGAUGAGGAGGCUGUUGAUGAAGAAGAAGACGGAGAAAACAAGGAGAAGACACAGCAAAAUGAUUCAGAUUCAAGUGAUGAUGAUGAAGAUGCGAUCAAUGCAAAGCCUGAGAGUAAAACUGAAGGUGAAGAUGCUCAAAAUGAUGAAGAAAAUGAGGAAGAAAAUAAGAAUGAAGAUGCAACAGUUCCAGAUCAAAUUGAUGAGGAAAAAGAUAAUGAAGAAGAAGAAGAGAAUAAGGAUGCAAAGAAUCCUGAAAGGCCAGAGAAUCACGAGUCAAAGGAUGCAGCUUCAAAGGAGGACAAUGUCCAGGCGAUGCCUGAUAGUGAGAAUAAGGGAUCAGCCGAUCAAGUGGCCAUUGAAGAUCAGAAAAAUGAUCAAGUGUCAAAGGAAGAUAUAGCUGAUCAGGAAACAGGUGAAGAUAGAGAAGGAGUCGGGCAGGCAAAGAAUGAGGAAUCAAAAUCCGGACAUAAAGGAAUUUCCGAAGGAACAGAAGCAAAGACUCAGGAAAGGGAAUCCGUAGCUGAGAAGAAGGAAAAGAGGAAGCAAGGAAAUACAAAUGAAGAUCGUACCCUUGGUGAUUCGAGUAGGUCCAAAAGACAGCUUAAAACAAUUGAAAAGAUGAAAGAGACAACAGAUCAGGAAAAAGAGAAUGAAGAUGAGCAGGAAGCGGAAGAAUAUCAACACGUUAAGGAUGCAAAGAAGUCCGAUAGGACAACACUUGAUAAUGCAACAGAAGAGCAGGCAAAAAGGAUUCAGCAUGAAGAUGAAGCUGAUGAGGAAGGUGAAAAAGAAGCUGAAGAUGCGGAUAAUCAGUUGAAUGAUGAUGAUGAACAGGAGACAGAUGAGCAGGAUGUGGAAAUGUUGGAUGCUGAGCAGAUUGAAGGAGAAUCCUCCAAGCCCUCGAAGAAAGACGAGAAGAAGCAAAUGGAGAGAUGCGAACAAGUUGAAAGGGGAGAAAUUGAGGGAGAAGAAAUCCCAACAAUGACAGCAAAACGAUCCGAUGAUACAGCUGCUCACUGCCAGAUGGAUAUUGUGCAGGAUACAACGCUCCCUGAUGAACCGGAUGUCAGGGAAUCGCUUGAGAUGCGAAAGAUGUUCCACAGAGAAGCCACAUCCGUCAAAACGGCUCGCCCCGAGCAAGGGGACUUUGAGAAGUGGCAGGAAGUGUCGGUGAAGAUGACACAGAAUGCCAGAGAUCUCUGUGAACAACUUCGGCUAAUUCUGGAACCCACAAAGUGUACAAGAAUGAAGGGAGACUACCGCACAGGACGAAGGAUCAACAUGAAAAAGAUUAUCCCGUAUCUGGCUUCGCAAUUCCGGAAGGAUAAAAUUUGGCUGAGGAGGACCAAACCUGCCCAGCGGGACUACAAAAUCACAAUCGCUAUCGAUGACUCCAAGUCCAUGCACCACAACAACUCCAAAGAACUCACUCUUGAAGCCAUUUCGCUUGUUUCUCAAGCCCUGACGCUCCUUGAAAGUGGAAAAUUGAGCAUUGUCUCCUUUGGAGAAUCCCCGCAGAUCCUUCUCAAUCACACAGAUCAAUUUGAUGGCCCAAAGUUGGUGAAGUAUCUGAAUUUUGAGCAAAAUCAAAGCAGAAUUGCCGAAUUGCUCAACUUUAUCCGGACGGCGGCGCAGGAAGACACAUCCGGUGGUUCGGGGAAUGGAAUUUUCGAAAAUCUCCUCUUGAUCCUCAGCGAUGGACGAAAUAUUUUCAGUGAAGGUGAACAGAAGGUCAAGGAUGCGGUGAAAUUGGCACGACUUCAGAGAAUCUUCACGGUGUACGUGAUUAUCGAUAAUCCGGACAAUAAGCACUCAAUCAUGGAUAUCCGGGUGCCGUGCUUCUCAGCCGAUAAGAAGAAUAUCACGAUGAAGUACUACCUGGACACCUUCCCCUUUCCCUACUACGUCAUUGUGAGAGAUCUCGGGCAGUUGCCUCUCGUUCUCAGUGAUGCAAUGAGGCAAUGGUUUGAGCUGGUCAGCAGUGAAUCUUAACCUUUGGAAUGCGGAGGCCUUGGUAGUUACGUAGAAUGCGAAGGUGGGGUCGUUGAACGACCCCAAAAAGAAGGCCAAUUUUCUCCCAAAUUAUACAACCUGGAGUUGUCGGGUUAGUGCCUAUAGAUUCCUUAUAUAGUCCUCUUGCACCCUGCACCACAAAUUCGCCGCCCUAAAAUACUUAGAAGGAGAUAUUAGGGAAAAACAUUUUUCAAUCAUUUUUCACAAUUUCUUUUUGAGAAAUUUGCCAAGAAACUGCAAUUUUUUUUUCACUCUUCCCCACAUUCCCCUAACUUCCCGCAAAGUGAUAAAUGGCAAUAUUUCUCGAAUAUUCUUUAUUGUUUUGCACAUUUACAUGCUUCUAAUUAUGUUUUAUGUUGUUUAUGCUCUAAAAAAUUUUCCGCAGCAUGACAGUUACACCAUUUUUUGAAUUCCCUUCUUCUACAUUUUCCUUAAUAACUUUUCUUGUGGUGAUUGGAUUGAGCUGAAAUUUUUACACAACCUCCUCAGAUAACCAAAGAACUUAUUUCCAAAAGAUGGGAAUGGUAUCUUAUAUAUUUAUGGAGAUAUAACACGAAACAUAGCGCUGGGGUCGUUCAACGACCCCGCUCCGCAUUCCAAGGGUUAAAGAUGUUUUUUUUUUUUUAGUUUUCUGGGGCUUCCGGGAAUUGAUUGAAAUGAUUUUUAUUUUGUAUUUUAUUACAUAUUUUAUGUAUAUAAUAAAGAAAUAUAAUAAGCUUAUUUUGAAUUAAA